GUAACAUUGAAUUCAGCUUUGUGCGUCUCAAGGAACUCCUUUUUAGUAUCUGAAUCGACUUGGUCGGAUGAGUUAUGAGUGAGGGCCAGCUGAACACCAGGAUUCUGUUCAGCGACAGAACCGUUGAAAAGAAUUGAGUUAUUGACACUCUGAACAUUGCUGUUUAUGUAGGCCUUGGUUUGUGCUUCUUCUUUGACCAUUCCAUCUUUUGAUCUUAUUCCUAUGGAGCUUUCUUCUCCAUCAGUUGUAGCCUCAGUGCUCUCGUCUGGGUUGGUUUUAUAACCCCUAUAAAUAUGAAUUGGUUGUUCCUUUUUUGCUGGCUCAGAACCUAACUGCAUGGAUGCACCUCUGUUUUCACCAGUUAGGGUUAUAACAGAGAGUGGUUUAUCAACCAGAGCCUCCUUUGAGUUCCCUAGGGCCAACUUAUGAACAAACUUGGAAAUAUCUUCUUUGAUCUCUUUGUGGAAGGAAGCGUGUACUCCGUUGGGUGUCUUAGGCUUUUGAUGAGAUUCACUUACCGUGUUCUUGUCCUGUGGAUGUGUUGAGAUCACAGUUUUGAAUUGUUUUCCAUGAGAGACAGAGGGGGUUAAGGCCUCGUUGUUCUCAAUAGUUCCUUGCUUCUCCACCUGCAUUGGAUAUGCUUGAAAUGCAACAGUUGGUUGCACUCUGUUUUGCAUUUUUAAAUCUGGUGCUGCAAUUAGACGCUCAGCAGCUAUCCUUCCCUUUGAUUCUUCAUGCGCCGGGCUGCUGACCUUUCCUUCAUUUUUGAAUUCUUGAGCUGCUUGCUUCUCUUGUUGAAGAUUUCUGGAGUGUUCUUGUGAUUCUGGAAGAGACUUUGCACUGGCACUGGAGGUAGUGGAAUCUGAUUUCCAGUUCGGGACUGAAGUCAUUACAGAAGCUCCUACAGCUGUUGCCCCGUGGACUGAUGCUUUUGAAGGCUGUGUUGCCACCCCAUCAAGUUGAGAAGUGGCUUCUACUUGAUUUUGGUUCUGAGAGAUUUUCUGAGAAGUGAGUUCUGCCUUUGGUCGAGGCUCUUGUGCUGCUGGGGGAGACACUUCUGGUUUUGGUUCUUGUUGAAUUGCUGGUGGGGGUUGAGUGGCAGCAUGAGAGGGUGCACGUGGCUGGGAUUCAGUUCUUUGUGAUGGCGGUAGUGACGGUGGUGCUUGUGGAGGAGGGGGCUGUGCUGGUUGAGUUGGUGCUUGAGACCCUGGUGCUUGCUGAGAAGUGGGUCGGAAUUGAGUGGCAGCACGAGAUGGUGCAGGUGGCUGGGAUUCAGUUCUUCGUGAUGGCGGUAGUGACGGUGUUGCUGCUUGAGAUUGUGCAGUUUCAGGUUGAGUUGGUGCUUGAGACCCUGGUGCUGGCUGAGAAAUGGGUCGGAAUUGAGUGGCAGCACGAGAGGGUGCAGGUGGCUGGGAUUCAGUCCUUCGUGGUGGCGGUAGUGACGGUGGUGCUUGUGGAGGAGGGGGCUGUGCUGGGACUAUCCCUGCAGGACGGAAUGGGGGUUGUGCUGCAGGAGUUGUGGUGGGUGGUUGUGCAGGCCUGGAAGGGGGUUGGCUUUCAGUAGCAGGACGACGAGAUGGUGCUGAUGAUGUUAGCCAUGGGAGCCGAAAGGAGAAUGGUCGCCUUUGAUCUGCCAUGGAUGGUUAAGGAAAGAAACAAAGGGGGAUGAUUGAUGCUGGCUAUUUUUUUUUUUGCUGAAGGCAAUGCUCAACAUCUGGGGAAGAAGUUUGGUUUAAGUAAGUUUGUGUUUGAUACCUUGGAAAGUCCUUGAAACUUUUUUCCUGUUGGUCUAAUAUUCUCACUCACUCACAGCUUGCUUCUUUUCCUUGUCCGGGGCAAAACUUUUUGUUCCUGAGUUACCAUUGGGUUCUUUGCAUAGAUUUUCCUUCUGUGGCAAGUCUGGCAUCUGAAUUUUGGUUGCCCACCUUAUGGUUUUCCUUUUCCAUUUUUGAAAAAUUUGUUUAAUUGUAAAUAACAAUCUUGUUAUGUAAUCUCUAUUCAAUGCAAAGUAUUAAAAUUCAUGGGGACGCAAUGUGCCAAGGAAGCCAAAAUCCAAAUAGGAAAUAUUCCCUUGGCCCAUUAGUUUAGGUCACGACAAGUAUCAUGAAAGAUUUACCCACAAGAGAUCCUUCUGUCUCCUUGGAAUAGCCAUGGUGAUAAAUGGGGCAGUGCAGGGGCAGGGGCAUCUUCUCUUCCGACAUCAGGGCCGCUUACAAUUAAUUCCAAGCUUCUUCAUCAACCAACAAGGGGCCAAACAUGCGAGGAAUUUCCCAAGCAUUACAGUCUUGCCAAAACACGCUCAAGUUCGCAGUUCUGCAGCACCCACAUGGAAGGGAUAUGGCUGAGGCAAAAAGGGUCUGUCUGCGAUUUGGAUGCGUCACCUCCUCUCCCUCUCCCAGUUUGCGGCAGAAGGGAUUGGAAAAUAUAACAGUAGCAGAUGUGCUGGGCACCAAAGCAGAUGAAAAACCAGGGCCGUGGCUCUGGUGCCACACCAAUGACACCGUAUAUGAUGCAGUGAAGCAUAUGGCACAGAAUAAUGUGGGCUCUUUAGUGGUACUAAAGCCAGGGGAGCAACAGCUGAUUGCAGGAAUUAUGACAGAAAGAGACUAUCUGAGGAAGAUAAUCACCAAAGGAAGAUCCUCUAGACACACAAGAGUUGGGGAAAUCAUGACUGAUGAGAACAAGCUGAUAACAGUGACAUCCGAUACAAGCAUUCUUCAAGCCAUGCGACUUAUGACAGACAAUCAGAUUCGACAUGUCCCAGUGAUAGAUGGAAAAAUUGUUGGCAUGAUUUCAGUUGUAGAUGUUGUCCGAGCGGUGGUGGAGCAACAAAAUGAGGAAGUGAAGAGGUUGAAUGAAUUCAUUAAAGGAGAAUACUACUAGAACAUGGGAGUCUAUAUUUCACCCAUUCUAGGUUAAAAGAAAAGCCAUGAGCUUGCAGUUUGUCCCCAACAAUUUACACAGCAAAACAUAUAUCCUUGUGAAGCUAUGAAAAAGGAAAAUGCUUUCUG